AUGACACUCCUCAACAACCAGGUCUAUGAGUAUCUUUUGAACAUACAAGUCAAGGCUCUAAAUUCCGAUAUCCUGAUCUGUUCAGGGCUUGUAUCAAAGCCUGACCACAAGAAAGAUUUUCAGUUUUUAGCAAGUAGACAUCUUGAAUCAUUUGCGACAAAUGAAGAAAAGUCAAAGUGGGCAAAAAUUAUGCGCUCAGCUAUCACGAAAUCUCUUAUUUUUCAAGGCUUUCCGACUUGCAUUCACAAGAUUAUCAACGCAUCUAGUGAUCUUUACGAGAUUUUGACACCCGAAGUCAAAGCUAUACUCAAAACUGAAGUCGACAUAUACUAUCGUAACGAUACAACUAUGGAAGAAUUAUAUGAAAAAGGCUACGGUGUAUUCAAAAAUGUUUACAAGGAACGCAGUAAUAGUGUGGCUACCUACAUGACAGAACAGAACCAUGAUUUAUUUAAUCACUGCCUCUACAUGUACGCGGUAGUUAUUGGCAACUACACCCACUUGUCUGUGCUCGAAACCCAUUAUGUAAUGCUAGAAAACCAUUUGAAAAAUUUUAUUGAUCUUGGAGGCACUGAAGAAGAAUUAAAAGAUAUCAAUACUAUUGUUGAAGCUAUUAAAGCACUUUAA